AUGAGUUUAGCCUGUGAAACAAUGCACAGUCAUGGCAACCUACUUUUAAAAAAGGGCACACGUAUCGUUCAUAACAUCUUUUCCCUACAGUUUUUAAGGAGCAUGUCAGCACGUCCGAAGAAAUCUAAGCAAAUGCUGCCCACAUCUGAAAAAGUCGCCACACCGAAGAAGGCGGAUCAUUCCCGCGCCACUUCGUCCACUGGGACUUCUGCUUCUGAAAGUACCGAGUACAGGUCACCUAGCCCCCUUAAUAUCAGCCGAGUCGAUGAAAAAGAGGAAUUGGCCCACCUGAAUGACCGCCUCGCCUCAUACAUUGACUAUGUGCGCAAGUUAGAACGCGACAAGGAGUGUCUAACACGCCGUAUAUCAACCAUCUCUGAGGAACGUCUCUCUCAGAUCGAUGAGGCUAGAAAAACCUACGAGAAAGAGAUCACCUCAUUGCGUCGCCUUGUCGAUGAUUUGGCCAAGGAAAAGGCUGCUAAGGAUGUAGAACUUAAAAAGCACAUUGAUGACAUGAAUGAAGCAAAGGCCAAGCUUUGCAAACGCGACGCUGAAGUUCGUUGUCUUCAGCUCAAAUUUGACGCACUCGAACGUGAUGUUGCUGUGUAUAAACAGAAUCAUGAGCGCUAUCAACGGCUUUGUCCUGAAUAUGAUGAAAUGGAAAAGAAGUUGGAGGCUACACGCAAAGGUCUUGAAGCCGAAACGGUUUUGCGCACAGACCUUGAAAACAAGGUUGCUAGUUUGCGGGAGGAACUGGACUUCAAGGACCGUCUCUUCCAGGAGGAACGAUCAAAGCUUGUCAUGCGCACUCUUACUGUUGAGGAGGAGGUUGAAGAUAGAAAGGCUGCUGAGUUCGAAUCGCGCCUGGCUGAUGAACUCCAGGCUUACCGACAGCAGACUAAUGAUGAGCUACAGCAGUAUCGUAUUCAAAUGGAAACUACGUUUCAGACGAAAUUGGAGCAACUACAGCAGGCCAAUGUAGAAGCUAACAAAGACAGUGGCAGGCUGAAUGAUGAGUUGCUGGUUAUGCGUCGACGUUGUGACGACCUCUGCCAUGAGUUGGCCAAAAAGACGCGCGAGGUAGACCUUCUGCAGAACCGCGUGCAUGACCUUGAGAACCUGCUUAACAAGGCCCAUGACGACUACCAGGCUCAGCUUGCAGCCGAGCGGGAUGAAAUUAAGCGGCUCAAGACUGAGCUUGAACAACGAUUCGCCGAGUUCACUGAUCUCAUGAACACGAAAGUUGCCUUGGAUCAGGAGAUUCUCAUGUACCGGAAGAUGCUUGAGGGUGAGGAGUCGCGUUUAAAUCUCACUUCACCGAAACGCGCCAGUCCGUUCAGCGGUGCCUACAUGGGUACCAAGAGGCGUCGACUUGAUUCCGGCGACGAGGUGGAGGACGACUCGGGCUUGUAUGGGUCUCAGUUCGCUUUCCGUGUAUCGACCUCAGCCAUCGGCGACAUAGAGUUCACGGCUGAUCAAGACGGCUCUGGAAGAUGGAUUAAGUUGAUUAACGUCGCAAAAGAUGACAUUAACAUUGGCAACUGGGUUUUGAAGCAUCAAGCUGAUGGCGAAGAGGUGACCUACAAAUUCGGUCGCACUUUUAACAUGAAGCCUGGAAGCACCUGCACUAUCUGGGGUAGCGAUUCGGAUGCCACUCACAAUCCACCGGAAACUGUCGUUAUGAAGAAUCAGACUUUUCACUCUGGAGCAAAUAUCACCAUAACACUUAUCAGUGAGGACGAGAAGGAGCAAGCCUCAUGCUUGAUUGUUCGCGAGUGCACGCGGCCAAAGAUAAGUUCAAGGAGAUUCCGUGCUGGCGCCACAAAAUCGGAAGAGAAAUGCUCUCUGAUGUAA